UGUGUUGACAAGAUUGCACUAAACAAAAGCAAAUUUACAUACUUAAUUAAAAGUCGUAUACCAUUACCGAAGUGUUUGUAGAUAUUUUCUUGAUUACGUUUUUAAAAGUGUUAAACACAUAAAUUUAACUACUAGAUUAAACAUUAGAUAGACAUGAGAGUCAUGUACUAAAUCUGCACUUAAUGAUCAUAAUGAUGUUCAUGUUGACAGCCAAUAAGUAAAAUUUAAGGCGUGAAAUAGAUAUUUCACAGUUAAAAUAGUGUUUUAUCAUGGAAUAAUUUGUUAAACAAAGUUAUCGAUAAAUUAAAAACCUGAACUUCCUGAGUGCGAUUAAUGGAAUGAUGGAGUUCAACACCCCACAGGUAAAGUCUACUGAUGAAAACAAUGAAAGUGAUACUAAACGUUUUAUAUAUACAGUAAAUGAAGAUGCUGAAAACUCGAAUGACGAUACUAAAUAUUCGACGUCUGAUACUAGAUCAGAAUGUCAGAAAGAUGAAUCUGGAGAAUAUGGUAAGACUCGUGACAAUGAUACAGCUGUGACUAAUGAAGCAGGAAGGAAAGAAGAUGUUCAGGAGAACUUGGUAAAUUCAAUAGAAUGCAGUGACUAUCGUGACGUUAGUGCAGGAAAGACAAAUGACGCUAACAGAUCAGAGGGUUUGAAUGAAAAUGAAGUAGAAAGUGAUGACAACUACCAUUAUGCAACAAUUGUAGAGACAACGAUUCUGGACGGAACCGAUGAAACUAUUGAUGACAAAGACCAUGAGGAAACUACUAAAGAGACCAAGGUUCUUGACGGAGGCUGGGGAUGGAUGAUUGUUCUUGGUGUAUUGCUACUUCGUACAGUUAUAGGAGGAAUUCAGCGGUCAUCCGGCCUUUUUUACGUGAAGUUUUUGGAACAGUUUGGAGGAACGGCGUCUAAGACAGCCUGGGUGACGUCAUUAUCUAUGACGUGUCGACUGCUUAUUGGCCCCCUGGCUAGCGUUUUAUGCAACCGAUUUUCAGUUCGUAAGCUUUCAUAUUUCGGUGGAGUGAUGUAUGUGAUCGGCAUCCAUAUAUCGGCUUAUGCAACCAGUCUGGUUUACAUGUAUUUCAGUUAUGGAGUUAUUUCAGGUAUAGGACGGGCCUUCCUGUUGACGCCUUGUGUAAUGCUAUUGGGCGAAUACUUUGACAAGAGGAGGAGCUUAGCAUUUGGUCUUGCCUCUGCUGGCUUCGGACUGGGCGGCUUUGCAAUCACUCCCACAGUUGAGCUCAUGUUCCAGCAGUACGGAUUUAGGGGAACUUACAUUCUUUUGAGUGGUGUGGCCUGUCAUAUAUUCAUUUGCAUAGGGUUAUUCAGGCCGGGCAAAUCUGUAGAUAUGACUAGGAAGAUCAAAUCACCAAAAGACGAAGAGCUAAAUGCACGUGACAAUGGACACCUUGCAUCACACGUGUCGUCAUCAGGAAGUGUUCAUUUAGCUAGAUCUCCAGACAAAAUUGGUGUUGCGUCUAAUAUUGAUUCUGCAGAAGCACCAAUGCUACAAAAGCAACCAACACGUUCUCAUAAGGCCAAUGCGUAUGCUUAUGAUAAAGAUGAGGACGAGUUUCAAGUUAAACAGAAAGUAAAUAACCCUAAGAAAAGGAAGAUUAUAUCUUUUUCAAUUUUAAAGGACGUCAGAUUUGUGACUUUAUGCAUUGCUCAGUUCAUUUUCACGCUUCCAACUGCCGGGCUUUUCUUGCCAGCUCUUGCCAAAAGUCGAGGGUUGACGGAUAUACAAGCCGCUUCUUUGUUGUCGAUUAUAGCAGGCUGUGAUACUGUCUUCAGAAUAUUGUCGGGUUUUGUGUUGGACCUGAAAGCUUUAAGGAAAAUGCGACCCUAUAUAUUUAACGCUGUAACGUAUGCACAAUGUAUUCCUCUAUUUGUGAUGCCGUCCUUAAAGAAUUUUGAGGAAUAUGCAGUUGUUUGUACUGUUCACGGAGCUUUGAUGGGUAUAAAGCAAGCCCAGCGAUCUGUGAUACUGGUGGACAUUCUUGGAUUCAACAAGCUCGCUAGCUCCUUUUCAUUCAUGUUGAUGGCCCAAGGCCUGGGUACAUUGAUAGGACCGCCACUUAAUGGUUACUUAAAGGAUAAAUACGGGAAAUAUGAUUACACAUUUUAUUUUGGAGGAACUGCUAUUUUGGUCGGGGGAACAAUUUUGCUGGCAGGAAAUAUACGUAACACCGUGACCAAACGGCAGAAGAAAGGACAAAUACAAACCAAAGACUCUUGAUAAUGGCUUUUUUAGUUGGGUGUUUACAAGAAAUGAUGAAUGUGGUAUGCGGAAAUGAAAUAAAGAACUGAUGAAUUUGCUAAUCGAUAGUGCAAUAGUUUUAUGUUCAUCAUAUUUUAAAUAGUGCAAACAUAGUAAUUACAAAUUGAGCUAAGCGAAUCGCCCUUUAAACAAGGGUGUAUGAAAUGUUCACACAGCUAAACAGAAUGGUAUUUUUACUAGAAAUAUGUCAGCAAUCCUUCUAGUUCCUCCUGCCUCGUCUUCUUUUCCCGUUGAAAACAUUUGUCUAGUUCUCGAAGAGUCGAGCUCUUGAAGCUCAGAGCAAUUGUUCAAAAGCCUCCUGAUAAUAAUUAAACUGAACAGAACUGUGAUAAAUUUACCAAAUGAUUUAAACAAUAAAAAUACAUAUUUUA